CCCAUAUCAUUCUUCGUCUCCCCGACUCCUCUACUCUCCCACUUUCUCUCUCUAUACGUACAAUCUUGUAUUUUACGAAGAGAAGCACAAUAGGCGUAUUUACGCUAGCUACAUUUUUACUGAAGAAAUGGGUUAUGAGUAUACUGAGAAGUGAGAACCAGUCUAUUUUUGUAGGGUUUUCCUUUUUCCUCUAAAUUUUGGGGAGAGGCCGCAAACCCUUGCGGCUAUAAGUUACUUGUACUUGGAGAUUCGGUGGUGAAUUGGGCUUGAAUCAUACGAUCGGGUUCAAGAAUUUAAGAUCUCCGCAUUGGCAUUGUUGAGAUUGAGCUGAUUCUGGGAUGUGAUGAUGCUGGAACGAGGAUGAGGCAAAUUCAAUACAGGUUCCUACCGAUAAUCCAUUGUGUGUUUGAUGCAAAGAAUGGUUGCAUUCUGAUAGUUAUUGAGGCCAUGGGCGUUGGGACUGUAUACAUAAAAAGAACAAAGAAAUAGUGCCCUUGCUGAAUAUGGAAAAGAUGAAGUCUGAUGUGCCUCUUGAUUAUGCUGUUUUUCAGCUUUCACCAAAGCGCACACGAUGCGAACUGUUUGUUUCUAGCGGUGGUAGCACAGAGAAACUUGCUUCUGGAUUCGUUAAACCAUUUGUUGCACAUUUAAAGGUUGUGGAGGAGCAAGUUGCCUCUGCUGCACAAUCAGUUAAGCUUGAAGCUGGACGGAGAAAAAAUGCCGAGGUGUGGUUCACCAAGGGAACACUUGAGAGAUUUGUCCGAUUUGUAAGCACCCCUGAAGUGUUGGAACUGGUGAAUUCUUCUGAUGCUGAGAUGUCUCAGUUGGAAGCAGCCCGCAGAAUUUAUUCCCUGGGAGGAGGAGAUCAACAUUCUGGUGGAGGUGGAUCUGGGGCUACAGCUACGGAUGAUGCCACAAAGAUGGAGCUUUUGAGAGCUAUUGAUGUACGGCUGAUGGCAGUGCAGCAGGACCUAUCUACAGCCUGUACUCGUGCUGCUGCUGCUGGUUUCAAUGUUGACACUGUUUCAGAACUUCAAACUUUUGCUGAUAGAUUUGGCGCGCACCGAUUGAAUGAAGCAUGCAGCCAGUUCAUAUCAGUAUGUGAGAGGCGACCCAAUAUCAUCAGUCAGUGGAAACCAGGACCUGGGGAUCGGACAGUCAGGUCAUCAUGCGAGUCUGACAUGUCCAUUGACAAUGACCCAUCUUCACCCCCACCUCGCCAAGAACCCACCACAUGUCAGCAGCCCAAUCCUCCGCCUGUUACCUUCUCAAAUUGUACUUUCAGCAGAGAAUCCAGUGUUGAGAGGGACAAUGAGAGCAAGUCGAAUGGUGCUUCUGGAGAGAAACUUGAGGCCUCUACACCUGAGCAAACGGACACAAUUCAAGCAAGUCAGCCAGCCAGGAGACUCAGUGUUCAGGACAGGAUAAACUUGUUUGAGAACAAGCAGAAAGAGAGUUCUGGUUCGAAGUCUGUUGUGGUAAAAUCUGUUGAGUUGCGGAGGAUGUCAUCAGAUGUCUCCACAGCAGCAGCUGCAGACAAGUCAGUCUUGAGGCGGUGGAGUGGAGCAAGUGAUAUGAGCAUUGACUUGAGUGCUGAAAAGAAGGAUGGUGAAAGCACCUUGUGCACCCCAUCCUCUGCAUCCAUAUCCCAGGAGAACAAGGUUCUUAAUGCAAAUGAUGACACUGCGAAGAAUUCCCCUGUUAUCAAGCCAGGGAUUAAGCCUAUUCAUGAUAUCAAUUUCAGAGAGGGUUCUAACAAGCCUGACCUAUAUUUCGAAUCUGGUAAGUUGAACUCUAAUUUGGCACUUGGUGAAAGUGAUGGUUUGAAAGGUAAAAUACUUGGGAAGCCCCAGUUAACACCUUUGACUAGCACUGCUGACAACCUAGAGAACUCUGAAGAGAAGUUCAAGAAUUUGCUUAGUGGUAAGACGGAGAGUGCUUUUGUGUUUGGGGAUCAGGGGAAGCUGAAGGGUUCUCAAAGUUCUGGAUCUCGUAAGGGGGCCCAGUCACAAAUUUCUGGAAUCAAGGAACAAGAUUCUCCAGUGCCACAAAUUAAGCCUGUUGAAACCCCAGGUGGUGGCCAGGUUUAUUCUUCGAGUCAAAGAGAAUAUUCUGAAGCAUUGGAUGUAUCUUCUGUGCCAAGAAAUUUGAAGAGCACUCUGAAGACAAGGCGAGGGUCAGGGGUGUCUGAAGAUAUUCCUGGUUCAAGAAUUCGGGAUGCUUUUGUUGCUCGUUAUAAAGGGGCUGAAUCUGAUUUUUCCUCUGCUCAACAAGACAUAAAAUCCGGAGAAACUGAAGCAAUUGAAAAAAAGGAGUCUCCUGCCUCAGAAAAGGUAUCAAGUGGUUCUAUUUCAGAAGUAGAGGGUUCUGGACCUCAGAAGAUAAAAUCCAUUAGACGAGGUUUGGUAACUGACCAGAGCAAAAAGGGCAAAGUCCAGCAAGAUGAAAGCCAUAUAAGUGGAAAGAACAGCAGGGCGCCAUAUUUAGGUAAAGCUACAACUGAGGCUGUUGAAAGUUUUGAUUCUUUUUCAACACCACCACCAGAGAAGUUUCAAAGAGUAAGGCAGUCAAAGGGAAAUCAAGAACUUAAUGAUGAGUUAAAGAUGAAAGCAAAUGAACUUGAAAAGCUCUUUGCUGAGCAUAAACUGCGAGUCCCUAGUGAUCAAUCAAAUGCUACCUAUAAAGGUAAAUCUGAAGACACACAAUAUGAGCAGCCCAGUAGUGUUCUACACUCCAAACCAGCGGCAGAUGUCUCUCCUUUAUUAUCUUAUAAUUCGAUUGAACCCGCUGGGAGUUCAAAGAACAAGGCCAAGUCUCAUUCUUCCUCUCUCAAUAAAACAACUGACGGCCAGAAUUAUGGUGAUACUUUGAAUAAGAAGUUCUCCGACCUUUCUGUAUCUGACAGUUCCCGGGGGAAAUUAUAUGACAGAUAUAUUCAGAAAAGAGAUGCAAAGCUUAGAGAAGAUUGGAGUUCCAACAGAGCAGAUAAAGAAGCCAGAUUGAAGUCUAUGCAGGAUAGCCUAGAGAGGAGUAGAUCUGAGAUGAAGGCAAAAUUUUCUCUUUCUACAGACAGGCAGAAUUCUGCAUCAAGCGCAUCCCGGCGUGCUGAGAGACUGAGAUCAUAUAAUAGUAGGUCAAGUGUGAAAAGGGAGCAGCCAAGUUUGGAUUUUGAAGACAGUGAAGAUGAUGCAGAUGCAUUAGAUUUGUUAGAGAAGGAUCAUCGUCAAGAUAGGGCUCUUGAUGACAUCUCUUCUGGGGAGGGUGUUUCUAGAAGCUCUCAGGUGAAGAAGCAUUUACCCAACAACAGAAAUGUGUCAUCAUCCACUCCUCGUGCCUCAGCAGAACCUGCUCCAAGGUCUGCUAACAAAGUUUCCACCUAUUCUGGUAAGCGAAGAAUGCAACCUGAAAAUCCACUUGCACAAUCUGUUCCAAACUUUUCUGACUUAAGAAAAGAAAAUACUAAACCUUACUCUGGAGGCAGCAAAGGAACUCGAUCGCAGGUAAGAAACUAUGCGCGUAGCAAAAGCACCAAUGAAGAUACUCCUAAUGUUAAGGAUGACAAAUCACGCCGAUUGCAUGCUACAAGAAAAAGCUCUGCAAAUCCAAGAGAGUUCAGGGAAAUGUCUUCUCUGGAUCCUGAUGUUGUUGACUUGACACCGAUAAAACUUGACGAAGAGGUUCCAAAAAGUGGUGGGCCCAGGCCUUUUCUGAAAAAAGGUAGUCGUGCGGGCUUUGUUUCUCAAGCAAGUAUUCAGAGGCAGAGGGCCUCUAUGGGAUCUAAACUUGCAAAUACUGUGGAUGAGAAUGAUGAUGUGACAUCUGAACAAGAUGAACCUGGGCAUAUAGUUAAAGAAGAAGUAGAGGAGGAAUUCAAGAUCCCAAGCCCCGAGGAAAAUCCAAUUUUAGAAGAGGAGGAUCCAACACCCAGGCUGGAGUCAGAUAAGUUUUUGAAUUCUGGAUCUGAAAAUGGUGAUGGCACUCUCACAUUUUCCCGAGUAGGCCAGGUCUUGGGUUCUCAGUUAUCUAGUGAAAUAUCGUCAAGCUAUCUUCCUGUUGAUGUACAAGAUUGGACAACGGAAAGUCCAAUGUCGUGGAAUUCUCAUAGCCAGCAUACCUUUUCAUAUCCCCAUGAGAUGUUUGAUGUCGAUGCCUCUGCUGAUUCUCCAGUGGCAAGUCCUGCUUCAUGGAAUUCACAUUCUCUGAAUCAGAUGGAUACUGAUGCUGCUCGAAUGAGGAAGAAGUGGGGAAUGGCCCAGAAGCCAAUGCUGGUGGCCCAUUCAACCAAUAAUUCCCGCAAGGAUAUGACUAGGGGAUUUAAAAGGUUGCUGAAAUUUGGAAGGAAAAAUCGUGGCUCAGAGAGUUUGGUAGACUGGAUCUCUGCUACCACAUCUGAAGGAGAUGAUGAUAUGGAAGAUGGGCGUGAUCUUGCAAAUCGGUCUUCAGAAGACCUCAGGAAAUCAAGAAUGGGAUUUUCUCAAGCUCAACCUUCUGAUGAUAGCUUCAAUGAACAUGAGGUUUUCGGUGAAUCAGUCCAAUCUUCAGAGAGUUCCAUCCCAGCACCUCCAGCCAAUUUUAAACUAAGAGAGGAUCAUCUUUCUGGAAGCUCAAUUAAAGCGCCAAGAUCAUUUUUCUCACUACCAACAUUUAGAAGCAAGGGAAGCGAAUCGAAACCUAGAUAAGUGUUUCCUACAGCAUGUGUCCCGGCUCAUUAUCAGUGCAGACAACUGAUGCUGUACUAGGAACAAAACUGGUGUCAUAAUCCACCCGGUGGCGAAUAUGAGAUUGGUAUGAUGCUGUACACAUAUAGCUGGUGGAUAUAUUAUAUAUUAUGCAUAUAUGCCAUUGAUUGAGAUUUAGUUAUUUCUUGUAGUCUUGUUGUAUAUUGUCAUGAGACGAUUACUCAACUGGCGGAACAUUCAAUUUGAUUUUGCAGUUGAAAGCU